AUGCUCGCUAAUAAUAGAAUGGAAGCUAAACCAAAAACACCCUAUGCCCCCAAAGGAGUAAAGAAGUUGAAACAGAAAGGAAAGGAUUCUCCUGGGACAGUAUCUGGCAGUAGGUCUCCUGGUAAAAAGCCCUUCAAAGCAUACAACAAGAAGGACACGAAAGGCAAAAUGGGGAAGAGUGGAGAUAACGCCAAGAAACAACAGACAUUUGCUAAAGGUGGAAAAGGGCCAAAGAGAAAAUUUGACAAAGAGGAAGGAGACAAUGAAAAAGAGGACAGAGGCCCGCAGGCAAAGAAGUUCAAGAAAGGUGGCUUUAAGCCAAAGAAGAAGGAGGAGGGAGUGCAGCAGACAGAUGAAGACCUGAAGAAAAACAGGCUGCAGAAGAAGAAAGACCUGAAGAAGAGCAGACAGCAAGCAGAUCGAAAGGACAUGUACCAGAUCAUCAAUCAGGCCAAACAAGUGUGGGGAGACCUAAGGACGAAGAAGUGUGACAGCGAUUUAAAGAGGAAACUGAUGAAGGAUCUUCACGAGCUUAUUAGGGGGAAGUACAAACAGAUGGCGUAUGCUCACGACUCUGUGCGAGUGUUGCAGUGUUUCAUUCAGUGGGGUAGCCACGAGCAGAGAUGGGAAGUGUUUGAUGAACUUAAAGAUGAUGUCAUUCUUUUGUGUAAGUCGCAGUAUGGAAAACACGUGGUGAAAAAGUUGCUGAUGUACGGGAAUAAGGAGCUGGUGGCAGCUGUGAUGCAAACGUUUAAAGGAAACGUACGACCAUUGCUCCGUCACGCCGCAGCUUCCGCCAUCAUUGAGUACGCCUACAACGACAAAGCUGUGCUUGCGCAGAGACUCAUGCUCACUGAGGAACUGUACGGAAAUAUCUUCACCAUCUGCAAGUCAUCAGUGUGCAACACCAUCGACAAGGUUGCAGAGGCCAACCCCGACAAGCUGGACCAAAUCAUCACUGAUAUGAAGCAAAUUCUUACGCCAAUGGCACAGAAAGAGCAGGUCAUCAAACACUCUCUGGUCCACAAAGUCUUCCUGGACUUUUUCCUGUUAAGUCCUGACAAACAGAGAGCGGAGAUGAUCGAGUCAAUAAGGGAAUCAGUUGUCUACAUGGCUCACACCCACGAUGGAGCUCGAGUGGCCAUGCACUGUCUGUGGCACGGGACUGCCAAGGACAGAAAAGUCAUCAUCAAAACAUUGAAGACGUACAUGGUGAAGUUUGCCACGGGGGAGUUUGGUCACCUGGUUCUUCUCGCCAUAUUUGACUGCGUGGAUGACACCAAACUGGUCAAACAGGCAGUGUUGUCUGAGCUCUUGUCGUCUUUGGAUGAAGUCAUCAGUAACAAGUACGGCAAGAAGGUUCUGUUGUACCUGCUUAGCCCCAGAGACCCUGCUCACCUCCUGCCUGAGAUCAUCAAGGUGCUGGAACGAGGAGAUGACAAUGCACACAGUAAAAAGGACCCGGCCCUUCGAAAGAAGGAGCUGCUGGAGGUCGUCUCCCCGCCACUGCUCGAUUAUCUCCGCGACAACGCCGCCGCCAUGGUCAUGGACAAGGCCACCAGCGUGACAGUUAGCGACAUCCUGGCGUCGGCCUGCGGCGACCUGCGGCCCGCCAUGGCAGCUGUAGCUCAGCUGGCCAAUCAGGAGCUUGUACCAGGAGGGGUUCAAGGACAGCUCCACAUGGCAGAACAUCCCGCAGGACACUUGGUGCUCAAAUGGCUCAUAGAGCAGGACGUCACUCUGCUAGAAGCUGGCAAAGAAGAGUGCUUUUCCAGGAUCCUGGUGGACACUGUUGGGAUGGAAAAACUGAGGAGUUGGGUCAAAGUCAACAGAGGAGCCAUGGUGCUCUGCAGCCUCCUGAACAGCUGUGACAAGUCUGUGGUGGCAGACGUGAAAACAGCUCUGCAGGACUUUGAGCUCGACACCGCCAACAGCAGCAAGGGAGCCGAAAUCCUGCUAGAAAAUUUGAGAAAAUAGACACACACACACAGCUGGCGGCAUUCAGAGCAUCACUUUGGGUCAGGAAGUAGAUGCAAACCAGGACUGAGUCAUGUCAGCAACUGACGAGGACCUUAUUUCAACGACUUGUUGCAAGAUGUUUAACAACAAAAAAAUGGCCCAACGUGAAGGACACAGAGCCUCACUGACUGAGGCUAGUGUACGAGCAUUUGUAAACAUAUCUGUGCUCCAAAAUUAAUGGUCUUCUACUGUGGGCCAAGGCAAAAUAAGAUUUGGAGUGUGUAGCGUAAUCUGCUUUAAGAAAUUGACAAAUGACCUCACCGAGUGACAAUAUUAAAUUACUAUAGUACAAAAGUCAUUCUUCAGUUGUCACAAUUGUGAGGUCGUGCCUCGAUAAGCGUUCAGCUAACAUACUACACGCUAGAACAGCAAAUGCGAACCAACCAAGUCAAAACUGCAUCAUAAUAGGUUUCUCUCCAAGAUAAGAUAAUCAGUUGCUGUAACUGUGUGAUGGUUAAAUAUGUAAGUGGAAGGAUGGGCACGCAGGAGACUGACAAAGUUUUUGUCAUCAGAUUUUUACACUUGUAAAGUUUUAACCAGUUUUGUCAUUUUAAACAAGUUGGUCAACAGAUGAUGCUAAAAUAAAACAUUUAAAACGAAGAUUUGGGGUCAAUGCUCAUAUUCCAAGGAGGGGUCUUUUGAGUUUGAAUACAUCGAGCAAUAGCACAGUUUAUUUUAGUUGAUCAGUGUGAAUGUGGUGUUGUAGCUUAACGCUUCAGAAUGGACAAUUGCUAACAUGCACAGAAUUGUUACAUUUUAACCAGUUUCUGAUGUGUCACACUUUUGCACACAACUGACCUAUGAGAACACCGCUACAAUUAAAUGUGUUCAGUACAAAAAAAAAAAAAAGCUGGUAAUGUUCGUUUGGUGGGGGGGGGUUAGCUCUAGAAUAGAAAGCUAUAUGAGGAUUUUGCUUUCUAUUUAAAGUAUCCUGCUAUUCUGAAAAGCUGUUUUUUGUCACCUUGACAAUUAUUUCCGAAAGCUUGUGCUAUUGAGAUCAAAACGACAGGUGUGGUUGCCUCAUCUACUACUGCGAGACAAACCGAAUUAAGAGUCACAGUGCUGACUGUGAGAAAGGCUUGAUGACUCUCAAUGUUAAUUCUCUGUUGCAGUCUUCAAAUGAGUGCGUGUGCCCGAUUCCAUCUGGUCGGUUGGCACCUGUGACGCAAACACACUUGCCUCCAUUACACAUUAACUCUCUCGUCACAGCGUGUACUCUUGGAACGCAGGUCUCACUUGCAAUGUUGUUCCCCUGCGAGACAUUGUGGCAUUUAACAAGUGAAGUGGACGUAAGAAAGAACAAUACAUGUACUUCCUAUCCUUAGCAAAUAAAAUGCUGGCUUUGA